AUGGCUCUAGGAUUAUUUAAAAAAAUAAAAGGGAGUGACACCGUCACACAGAACAAGGACGCCGCAGAAGAGGACAACAAAGUGGACAACAAGCUGACGGAGUCCACCGCAGCGGAGUCAGAAACAAAGUCCGCGGUUGCAGGAAAGAAGAAUAAGAAGAAGAAUGCCAAGAAAGGUAAGGCAACGAAGAAGGACUCCUCGUCUGACUCGUCCAGUUCAUCAGACUCUUCCGAUGAUAGUGACGGAGAGGCGGUGAAUGGAGUAGCGAAUGGAGAAACGAAUGUAGAGGAGGAGAAGGUACAAAAGGACUCUGGAAAAGUGGCCAAGUCCAGCUCCGACUCGUCAGAUUCGUCAGACUCUUCCGAUUCCUCCUCAGAGGAGGAAGAGACCAAAGCUGCCAAGCCAGCCAAGGGUAAAGCGGCCAAGGCAGAGAAGACAGCUAAAGUGGCAAAGGGUAAAGCGGCCAAGGCAGAGAAGGGCAAGGGAAAGGUAAAAGCUGCUCAGGAGAAAGCGGCCAAGAAGGAGGCAAAGAAAUCGGACUCAGAUUCAGAUUCAGAUUCCGAUUCAGACACGGACUUCGAUUCAGACUCGGAUUCCGACUCAGACGAUGAUGAAGCGGAACAACAGAAGCUGCAACAACAACAGAAGCAACAACAGAAGCAGCAGAAGAAAUUGAACAACAAGGCAGGAGCGGGAAACGCCAGUGGCCAGCUUGCCAAUGAACAGGCCGGAGGAAAGAACAAAAGGAGAAAUGAAAUGGUCGUGGCGGACAAUAACAAGGGAAAAAACAAAAAGCAAAAAUUUAACAAAAAUGGAAAGGAUAGCGUGAUGAAUAAUGAUGGUCAGGAUGAUGAGCAGGAAAAUGUUGAAGAAGACGGUGAAGACGAUGCUGGUGAUUUCCCAACUGAGUUCAUAAUAACCAUUCUUAACAUAAGUAGAGAUACAGAGGAACAAGAUUUAAGAACUUACUUGAAGGAAUUAUUGGGGGAUGAUUAUGUUGAGGAAAAACUACUAAUUUACAUGAAUCGACUUUACAACAGUGCUUAUGUAUAUUGUUCAGAAAAAAGUAUAACGGAUAUAUUUGCUACUAAAUAUAAUGAAAAGUUUAAUGGCGUCCCCAUAAAAAUUCACCUGAACCCUAAUGCCAUGUCUGCAGUUACUCUAUCCCACAUGGGAAAAAACACCACAGAAGAGCAGCUAAGAAAUGCUUUCGAACAGUACGGGAAUAUCACCAAGGUCAAUUUUUUUUCAGGAGGAACCAGAGCACAGGUUACGUUUGAAAAUUUGGAAAGUUGUGUGAAGUCAUUAGAACAGGAUGGCCUGCUCAUAGGGGACAGUUACGUCCAUGUGGCGUUGAUGCUGAGUGGCAACAACUACAACAGCAACUACCACAAUAAUUACAACCACAACAAUAAUAGUAAUUACAACAAUAAUAAUAAUUACAAGAAUAAUUUUGCUGAAAAUGGGUAUGGCAACAGGGGAAACAGAAAUAACUACCAGGGCAACAAUGGCCAGGAUAACGAUGGGGCAAAUGGAGGAGGAGGCAGGGGCGGCAAUUUCUUCGGAAAGAAAUUUGGCCACGGUAAUAAGUUCAACAAGGGCGGAAAUAACUACAACAAUGGGGGAGGAUUCAACAAGGGAGGUAACUUCAACAAGGGAGGUAACUUCAACAAGGGAGGCAACUUUAACAAGGGAGGCAACUUCAACAACAGAGGAGGAUUCAACAAGGGUGGAAACUACAACAAUGGAGGAGGCUUCAACAAUGACGACGGAAACGGCAAAAAGUUCAACAAGAAACCCUUCAACAACUUCAAGAACAGGAAGAACCAGGAGUUUGAUGCGGGUGCGGACAACUAA